AUGCUAAGAACAACAGUUGGAAUAAGGAAUAGCUCCUUAAAACUGUGCCUCCAAAAGGGUCAGUUGCUCAAGAUUAGUAGUCAACUCAAGGUCAGUCAUUAUCUUAACACUACAAUAUCUAAGAGGCACAUUAGUGAUACCCCGGAGCAAGCAUUUACCAAGUUAACUGAUGAGAACGAUCCCAAGAGAGAUCAAUUUUUCAAAUACACUUGGGGCUCAUGGUUAAAGAAUGACAAAUUAGAGAAGGAAAAAAGAACUACCAGAUUUUCCAUUGAAGGUUUAAAUGACGUAUUAAAUUCACUCUACAAACAAAUGCCAGAGAAUGCUUCUAAUGCAAAUGUUGGCUCAACAAUUCCAUUACCUUCCCAUAAUAAGAAUAAUACAGUAUCGCUGACGCACAAUAUUUUAGCAAAAAAUAUUGGUUCAAUCCCACCGAAUUCUAAUAUGCAUAUCACUAGAUUAUCAAGUAUUCACGAAGGGAAGCAUCAUCGUUUAUAUAAAAUUGAUACCAACCUUGAAAAAUCAUUUGCUUUAAGAAUCCCUUAUCCAUUAGAUGACGCCACAACAAUGAAGAUGAGAAUUCAAAGUGAGGUUGCAACUAUGGAUUUCGCUUCAUCAAAACUAAAAAUUAAUGUUCCAAAAAUUUUCUCUUUUGCUGCUGAUUCAAUCAAUCCAUUAGGGCAACCUUUUAUCCUACAAGAAUACAUCGACGGUCAACUAUUAAUGAGACAAUGGGAUCCGUUAAGCUCCGAUGAAAAUAAAGGGAAAUUACAAUCUGUUAUUGAUGCCGUCUCUGAUAUCCAAAAAAAAUUGAAUUCUAUCACUUUCUCUCAUUCAGGUUCUAUAUAUUUCCAGAAUGUUAUUGAUUCGGACCCGUUAAUCAAAUCCCAUGACUUGGAAGGUAGAUGGUGCAUUGGCCCUUCCGUUGAAAGAACCCUUUGGAGGAAGAAAUCUGCUUUGAAGAGAAACCAAAUUUUGAAACACGUUGGGCCAUGGUCUGCAGAAUCUCCUGUUACCGAUAUCAUCAAAGAUACCGCAGAACUUGAGUUAGCUAACGUUAAAAGAAGACUUGCCCUGUUGAAAGCGAACAUUCCUCUAGGUAAGAACGAGGCAAAGGUUAGUGAAAACUUAUUAAAUGAGCAGUCCCGGUCGUUUGGAAAUUUAGUGACAUUAGCUCCAUUUUUAUUCAACUCUAAACUCUCUAAGAUUCCAAACUUGACUGCAUUAUUGAAACCACGUUUAUUCCAUCCUGAUUUAGAUCCAAUGAACAUUAUCCUCAAGAAAAACGAUAACGGAGUUGAAGAACCAUAUUUGUUGGAUUUCGAGAAUUGCUCAAUCAAACCAUUCAUUUUACAAAAUUCUCCGCAAUUUAUCAGAUACGAUGGGCCCAAAAUUUAUGACUUAGAAAAGGAUUCAGAAGAAUACAAGAAACUAUCAGAUACAGAAAAACAACAAUAUGAAUUUAUUUACAAAAGAACUAGAAACGAAUACAUGUGGGAAAAUUCUUUGAAUGAAAGAUCGCCCCAACUGAUUACCUCAAUGGCACCACCAAUUAAAUUGUUGAGAGGUCCAUAUGUAGCAACAUUAGAAAGAAAGACUGAUGAAGAAUUCUUGAUCAUUGAUGAAACUAUGAUUCAAUUAAAGAAUUUCUGGAAGACGUUCCAUGAAAACGGUUUAGUGAUUAAUAAGGAGUUUCCAUUAGAAGAACAAUUUUCUGAAGAGAUGAUUGAAAAACAUAACCAAGCUCUGAAAGAGUUCCAUCAAAAAUUGAUUACUACUCCAUUUGCUGCCACACAGGGUUGGAUUCCUCAAGAUAUGUUUAACAACUUACUAGAAAAUGGCAUUAUCGUAAAAGACGCUGAUGGGAACUAUUCUAUUAGCGAAAGCAAGAUCUAA